AUGAAUUUAAUUGUCAAUUAAACUCUAAAUUUAUCAGAGAUAAUUUAAAUAAUCACCUUCGUUCAUUACCAAUAAUAUAGAAGAAUCAUCAGGAGAAAGUACUUCAAGUGUCAGAGUCUCCCUCAGUUCAGAAAAUGAAGAGAACAACUCUGAAUCGUCAAGUGCUGAAGAACUGUCUAGUAAAGAUAUCCAGGAGAGUUUUGACCCUAAAACUGAGAUUCUUAAUCUCCAAGGAUGAAAAUUAAGAAAUUCUAAAGACCUAGCAAGAUUUUUGAGAAAUAACAAAGAGCUAGUGAAGCAACUCAUUUUGGAAGAUGCAGAGUUUAUCGAGGAUUGUGACGACCUUAUUUCCCAAUUUGACAGCGGAACUUUGGCAUUGCAAAUUCUUAACCUUAAUUAUUGAAAUAUUGGGGUCACUCAUACCAACCAUAUCUUGGAAAGCUUUUGCCAUGUCACCGAGCUUAAAGAAAUCUAUAUGAGAGGUCAUGAUCUCGUUAAAACAAAUAAGAUGAUUGGUAAAGCUUUCAUAACAUGAAAAUAAUCUCGAGAUCCUUGACAUCUCUGAUAAUGCAAUCGAAUUAGUUAAUCAAAGAUGUCUUGAUGCUCUACAGGAUCUUAUAGCUAACUCAAAGAAGCUCAGCCAUCUGAUCAUGAACGAUGUAAUCAUCAACGAAGAGGAAGGAAUAAAUUUCUUAGAUUCUUUUCAUAUGAACUCAACUAUUAUCUCUUGGGAAUAUGAGCAGCAUCCGAGUCUGACAAAAGAAACUAUCGAUAAAAUUGAGAAGGAGUUAUCAGUUAACAAGAUUAUUCACUCCCUGAUUAUAGAAAAUUAUGAUUUUGACCAUCCAAGCAACCUAUCACUUCACAAUAUGGAUUUAUCAAACGCAGAGUCUAUUAUAAAGUUUUUGAAAUGCAAUACAUCUGUUUAUGACGUAGAUUUAAGUCAGAAUUUAUUUGAUGAUAAAGAAAUUGGCAAGAUUAUUGAUUACAUAAUCACUAAGAAGAGGAACUUACAUUCAUUUAACCUCAGCUUCAACCACAUCAACAUUGCUGGGUGUCAGCAAAUCUGUAAAUUGUUUUACAAGGAUGCAGAGGUGCUUAACAUAGAUCUCAGUCAUAACCCCAUUGAAAAUGAUGGCUUCAUGGAAAUCCUGAAAUCUCUAAAGAAAAACAUGAUGACUAGGAAACUUUACUUGAAUGAAUGCGGUAUAAAAUACGAUGAUGAAGCUCCUGAUGUGAUCGAAUGACUCAAAAGAAACUGCUCAUUGAUCGCACUCUCCUUAGGUGGAAAUGUGAUAUCUCAAGGAGUGCUUGAAGCAAUCGAGGAGGAACUAUCUUGCAAUAGAGGCAUCAAUGACCUGAUUGCUCCGAUGUUUCAUGAUAAUAAGAUCAAAAAUCAUCAAUUAUCCCUUGCUGGAAGAGGAAUCUCUAAUUUAGAUUUCUUGGCUAAAUUUAUUAGAGAAAACCCUCAGAUAACAGGCAUGAAUUUGGAAGUAGAUGACUUCCAUGAAAAUGAGAUUGCUAAAGUAGCUAAAGAGCUCGAGGGAAAUACAGGCAUUAACCAAUUCACAAUGAGAGGAAAUAAGAAGAGAAAUAGACGCCAUGUUUAUGAUGAAGAUAUGAGCAAGUCUGGAGGUCUCUCUAUUAAUGUCAAGAGAAACAAACUCAACAAAGUCGAGUUUUUGGUUAAUUAUUUGAAAGAUAAUAGAAAUAUUCAGGUUCUUGAUUUGAGCAACAAUAAUAUUGGAAAUAAAGGAGUCAAGAAUAUCACCAAACUUCUUGAAACUAAUGAAGCAAUUACAGAAAUAAAUCUUUCAGAUAACAAUAUUGGAACUAAAGGUCUGAACAACCUCUGCUCAGCUUUGAGUUAUAACAAGUCUGUUGUGAAGCUAGAUAUUAGAAGAAACCCAAUUCCUUGGGGAGCAAAUAAAAUAUUGCUGGCUCUUCUGCAUAAAAAUCCAAAUAUUAAUGAAAUAAAGUACUCUCAUUACCAUGAAGAAGUGAAAGACUACAGUGAGUCUAUCCCUGAGCUUGAAGCUGAAGAGAUCAGAUUCCAGAGAGAAUUUGUAAAUAGACAGAUUGAGAAAAAUAAACCAAAGAGGAGUAAAUGCUCUUCCAUAUUUUGUUGAAUCUAUUAUUCAUUUGCUGAUGCAAAGGAAGAAGCGUUCAGGUUUAGAUACUGUCCGGAAAAAUUAGCCUUGCUUGAAGAGAGUAUGGAUUGGAUCACCUGGAUUCUAUAUAUCAAUGCUGCCUUAUUUUACUUCAUCUGUAUAUUCUUCCCAAUCAUCUUUGCAGGAAAGUGCGGUCAUGGUAUCAGCAUUUGGAGUCAUUUAAUCUACACUUUUUAUGCAAUGGUUAAUUUUGCGUUUGAGUUUUUUAUUGUUGUGAAAAUACAAAGACAACUUGAUGACCCAACACUUUUAGCUCUCAAUAGAUGGCAUUUUGUGGAAGCAUUAAUGGGACAAAUAGCAAGGGUUGAUUUUUAUACAGAUAUUUGAUUUAUUGUCUUAUUAACAGAGUGUCAUGUCACUGGAAUGAUGAUCCCAACAAUUACUUCAAUUACAUUGAUGCUUAUUUAUCCCAUCUAUAAGAUAUUCAGACUCAUUAAGAUCGAGUCUGAACUUCUUCACACACUUCCAAAGAUUGAAAGAAACUGCAAACUAAGCUUUAUCAGAGAAAACAUGAUGCUCGCAGUUGUCCUCGAUAGUUUCUGAAUCACAAAUUACGAAUAUCUCUGCAAGAAGAACAUCUUUUUCCCUCGUAUAAUGGGUGCGAUCACUCUUUUCUUCCAGGAUAUCCCUCAACUAAUCGUGCACAUGAUCUUUCUCUUCUUCGUGCACACCCAUGUUCCUCACAGUGACCUAACCGUAACCCUCUCUCUGGUCACCAGUGUUUUCGCAAUCAUGGUCUCCAGCUUCAACGUACUUGUCUCCCACCCGAACCACUUCGACCCGCUCCUGCUCCGCAUGGAACUGGACAAGAGGAAGAGAAGAAGCUACAGGUUCACGAACAGGAAUGAAUUUGAAAAUUGGAGGAAAAAAGCGUACAAAGAUGAAGACAGCAAGAAACAAGUCGACCAGAUUGCACUAGCCGAUGCCUCUGACAUAAGGAGUUCAGACAAGAACGCUACUGUUAUUACAGGUAAUAAUGGCAGAACCCAGAUGAAUCAUAGAAGACAACCGACUAUUGUAGAGGCUACAAGCUGACAAGAAAAUUAUGAGUCAAAUGUGGUAGAGUUGAGUGAUGAAGCGGAAGUUAAGAGAAAUCCAAGCACAUUGAUGAAGAAAUUGACCAGGAAGAACAAUGAAAUAGGUAUUCAUAAGCCAAACGAUUCGAUACAAUCUGAGAAAAAGUUGAUAGAUGAUUAGAGCA